UUGUACUGAAGCGUUAAAAAGAGAAAAAAAGAAACGAAGCGCACCGUCUUAGGAUCCGUGACUCGUCUCAUAAGCCGGUGACCCAAUCGACUAUUAACUGUAAAGCGGGGCCAUUUUAGUUUGCUGCUAAUUGCUCUCUGCUUUUGAAGGGAGGAAACUCUUGUCAAAUCCAAUGGCCGCCAUAUUAGCUCGGAAAUCUCUCUAUGCUCUUCGCUCUCGUCAGCUUGUUUUGGCAGGACAAGCAUGGCAAGGGACUAAUGCAUGUAAUGGAACUCUGCUUGGUACUAGAACAUUUGCUACCAAGCAUUCGUUUUCAACUGACAAAGGUUUGUACUCUGCUCUCCUAAUCCAUCCUAGAUCUAUCAUCCCCUUUCUCUAUGUGUCUGUUAGCAUAUGAGGCGUGUUUGAAAAU